AUGUUCAGCCAUCUAAUUCCUCCUCCUAUACUUGCAAUCGGGCAAUACAUCACACUUGCAUUUGCGUCACGCCAGCAGACUAGAAUGCACCCAACCACGACACAGCCCGUGUAUGCAGCAGCAGCAGCAGCAGCAGACGGACAGACAGACAUGUACGAACGUGUUGUCGCGUACAAGUCGACAUGGGCUGAUGAAAUGAAGUCGUUCGGGUGUCGGCAAUUUUGA